AGCCCCCGCCAUGUGCGCCGAGCCCGCCCUCGUCGAUUACUUCGUGGUCGCGGGGCUGCCCGCGGCGGGGGCGUUGCCCGCCAGGGGGCGCUGCGGGGCGGCGCCGGAGGAGGAGCCUCGGCCCAAGGAGCCAAUCACGGACGUGGCGCUGAUCGCGCGUGCGCAGGGCGAGGAGGCGCCGCUGGGCUUCACGUGCAUCGAGGCCACGCCCAGCGGGCACCCGGCGGAGCUCAGCGCGGGGCUGCUCAGCCCCGGCCGCCUCUGCCUCUGCUACCGCAGGGGGCGCGACCGCAGCCCCAUCGUGGCCCUGGGGGUUCACUACGAGGGCUCUGGCGGGCCGGGCCCGGGGGAGCUGCUGGUGGCCACCACCCCUUACAGCCGCUCGGCGGCGCUGUCGGGGGCGGGGCCCGCGCGUCCCCGCGCCUUCCUCACCUUCCGGCGCGCGCGCGCGCCGCCCGGCCCCGCCCCUUCCGCCGCCGUCACCGACAUCUGCGUCAUCCUUCCCGCGCGCGGGGAGAGCGCCCCCCACGCCUACAGCCGCGUGAGCCGCGGGCUCAGCGCCGGGCCAUGGGGCCCUGCCCUGUACCUGUGCUACAAGAUCUCCGUGGCCAGCGCCAAUGCCUUGGUCUAUGAAGCAGCCCUGCUCAGCCGUUACCCCGCUCAGGACACCUCCUCCUUCCCUCUUCCGGCCUCGGUGCCCAUCUUCUGCCUGCCCAUGGGGGCCACCAUCGAGAGCUGGCCCACGGGCACCCCAUACCCGCUGCCCCUCUUCUCCCCCUUCGUCCUCACCGGCGCCUCCGGAGACAAGAUCUAUGGGGCCGCCAUCCAGUUCCACGAGGCCUUCCCUGCCGAGCGGCUCUCGGAGCGCCAGCGCCUGCGCCUGGGCCUCGUGAGCGUGGUGGACCGGCGGCCGGUGGCGGGGCGCGCGCCCCACGCCCGCAAGAGCCUCUGCGUGCUCUCCCGCUGGCCCUGCUUCCGCGUCUUCCGCCACUUCCUGCUCUUCCUCUACCGCUACUCCGUGUCCGGGCCCCACGUCCUGCCCCUCGAGGCGCACAUCUCCCACUUCAUGCACAACGUCCCCUUCCCGUCGCCGCAGCGCCCGCGCAUCCUGGUGCAGAUGUCCCCCUAUGACAGCGUCCUGCUCUGCCGCCCCGUUGCCUCCCCACUGCCGCUCAGCGGCGCGAGCUUCCUGGGGCUGCUGCGCGCCGUGGGGCCGGGCACGGCCGUGGCGCUGCUCGUGGCCGUGCUCACGGAGCACAAAGUUCUCCUGCACUCGCGGCGCCCCGACCUGCUCACGGCCGUGGGGGAGGCGCUGGUGGCGAUGAUCUUCCCCCUGCGCUGGCAGUGCCCCUACAUCCCCCUGUGCCCGCUGGCGCUGGCCGACGUGCUCAGCGCCCCGGUGCCCUUCAUCGUGGGGCUCCACUCCAGCUACUUCGACCUCCAUCAGCCCCCCCGGGACGUGGUCUGCGUGGACCUGGACACCAACACCGUGUCCCAGAGCGAGGAGCGGAAGCUGCUGCCCCCGCGGGCGCUGCCCCGCCGGCCCUGCAAGGUGCUCUUGGCCACGCUGCAGGACGUGGCCCAGCAGCUGCAGGACUCGUUCCCGCCGCCGGCCGAGGAGGCGGAGCUUGGGCUGGAUCCGAGCGAUGCGGAGGCGGGGCCAGGGGCGGGGCGUGGCGGGGGGGCGGAGCUACGCGCGCAGGCCGCGUUCCUGCGCUUCAUGGCGUGCGCGCUGCGCGGGUACCGCCCCUUCCUGCGGCCCGUGCGGCCCGGCCCGGGGCAGCGCAGCGAAACACAGAGCCUCUUCGAGAUGCACGGGUUCCUGCGCUCGCGGGACCGGGGGGAGCAGCGUUUCUACGCGCAGCUCCUGCGCACGCAGCUCUUCGCGCAGUUCAUCGAGGAGCGCUCCUUCGGCGCCGACCGCGAGCCCGCCCUCGACUUCUUCGACUCCUGCGUGGACAAAGUACAGCCGGACCUAGAGAAGCCUGAGGACACCCCAUUGCUGGAGCUGGACGAUGCUCGGGGGGGGGAGCACACCGUCUUCAUCACCCCCCCGGAGCAACCGGUGGCCCCCGACGGCUCCGAGCUGCCCGCCAAAUACCACUACGAUGGCUUCCCCACGCUGUGCCCCGAGCUCCUGGAGCCCCCCCGGGACCCCUUGGUGGCUCAGUUGUGCCAGGCCCGGAGCAGUGCCCCCAGCAGCCCAGCCCCAUGCCGCACCAAGCAGGAGAUGAAGAUGGCCCAGCGCGUGGCCCAGAAGUACUCCUCGGUCCCCGACAUGUGGGGCCGGUGCCUGCUGGGGCACUGCUAUGGGCUCUGGUUCCUUUACCUGCCCACCCACGUCCGCGCCGCGCCGGCCAAGCUGCCCGCGCUGCACUUGGCCUACGACGUCCUGCGCCGCAUGGAGGCUCACCGAGUGGUGCUGCCCGAUGAGGUGUGUUACCGCGUCCUGCUCCAGCUCUGCGGGCAGUACGGGGAGCCCGUGCUCUCGGUGCGCGUGAUGCUGGAGAUGAAGCGCGCCGGCAUCGUCCCCAACGCCGUCACCUACGGUUACUACAACAAGGCGGUGCUGGAGAGCAAGUGGCCCUCGGGCACCCAGAGCGCGCGGCGGCGCUGGGCCAAGCUCCGCAACGUGGUGCUGGGGGCGGCGCGGUUCCGGCAGCCCCUGCGGCAGCGCCAGCGCCAAGGAGGCACCGGCAUUGAGGGGGCCCCCCGGCCCCCCCUGCAGCGCCAAACCACGUGGGCCGGGCGCAGCCUCCAGGACCCCCCCCCGGCGCCGCGGCUGCAGAGGAGCGGCAGCGUCGGCGCCCCCCGCCCCAUGGGGUCGUUGCUGAGGUCCCGGCAGCGACCGGAGUCCAAUGCAUCCGAGAGCUCCGCAUCCCUGGGCAGCGACCUGGACCUCUCCGACCCCUCCCUGGGAAGCUCCGGCGUUCCCAAAGCCUCCGAUCCCCAUGGGGCUCCGGAGGAGGAGCCCCCCGCUAUGGAGGUGCUGCUGUCGAGCUGCUCGCGGUGCCAGGCCUGUGGGGCGCUGGUCUACGACGAGGAGGUGAUGGCGGGAUGGAGCUCGGACGACUCCACGCUCACCAGCACCUGCCCCUUCUGCGCCCGCCCCUUCCUGCCCUUCCUCAGCAUCGAGAUCCGGCGCUUCCAGCAGCCCCACGGCCCCCCCGAGCCGGACCCCUCCGCCCCCAGCCCCCCCCCGGGCCCGGUGCUCAGCGACCGCCGCCGCUGCCUGGAGCUGGAUGAGGCCGACGGGGAAGGGAGCAACGGAGCCGCCUCGGUACCGCCCCCUGACCGCUCUUCCUUCCCGUACCUGAGCCCCCUGGUUCUCCGCAAGGAGCUGGAGCGGGCGCUGGAGGCCGAGGGGGGCGCGGCGCUGGCGGGGGCGGCGCUGCGGGGGGCGCGGCCAAUCCUCUACUGGAAUUUGUUGUGGUUCUUCCGGCGCCUGGCGCUGCCCUCGGCGCUGCCCCAGCAGCUCCUGCCCCUGCCCCACGGAGGGGGGAGCAGAGAGCCGCCCCCCCCGGGCUCCCCCCACGUCCGCGUGCGGCUCCUUUGGGACGUCCUGGCCCCAGAGCCCGACGCCUCCCCCCCCCUUUACGUGCUCUGGCGCCUGCACAGCCACGUCCCCACGCGCUUCCCCUCGCUCCUGCCCCACGGCGCCCCCUUCUCCUUGGCCUUCCUGGAGGCGGUGCUGAGCCAUGUGGGGCUGGGCGAGGUGCACAAAGCCAUCGCCCUCCUGCUCGACACCCCCGGCGGGGCCCUGCCCCCACCGAGGAGCAUCUAUAGGGAAAUCCUGUUCCUGACGCUGGCGGCGCUGGGCAGGGAGCACGUGGAUAUUGCGGCCUUCGACCGUAAAUACAAAGCCGCCUUCGCCCGCCUGGCCGGGAGCCGGGGCCGGGAGCAGCUGCGGCAGCGCCGGGCGCAGCCCCCCAGCUCCAAGGCCUUGGACUGCAGGAAGAGCUUCGGGCCCCCCCCGGAGUGCUAGGGCCCGGCCGCAGGGGCGCC